AUGGCGUACUUUCUGCCUUCGUUCUUCCAAAAGCGCUUGCUGAAAUAUGCCUUGUCGCGUCUGGGCAUCGUCGAUACGGAGGCUCUGGACCCGGAUAAUCUCGGUAUUCGCUGGGGCCAGCGGAGUACGGUCGAACUGAAAGAUAUCGGGCUCAAGUUGGAGAAAUUAGCGACUCUUCUCAACCUCCCGCCGACGUGUAAGCUCCUCAGCGCCCGCGUCCAGCUUCUUCGGAUCACCGUUCCGGCCGACAUAUACAGCAGCGGUAUCAUCUGCGAAGCCUCCGGUAUCAACGUGCAUAUCUUAUUAUCGGAUGAGUCAACUCAGAGCAAGCAUGGGGGCCCCAAAUCCCAGCUUCCGUCGAUACACGGCUCAGAGGAAGGACAAAGCCUACCGACAGCUACCAAUCUAGCCGAAACCUUCCUCGAAGCUGAACCAACGGAGGAAAAGGAGGAGUUGCAAGCAGCGAUAUCAUCGCAGUCGCAUAUCCUGCAGAAGAGCUCUUCCUUUACGGACGAGGAAGAUGAAGAGCUUGGGCUGGGAAAUGAGACAAUGUCCCUGCCAAGCUUCGUUGCGGGAUUCCUCAAAGGUGUGGCGCAUCGGUUACAGUUGAAGAUAAAAGAUGUCUCCGUGCGGCUGGACAUGGAGUUGAAGCAGGAUGGUCCGUCGAAGCGACAUCCCGAGGAUAAGCCGGAUCUAGUUGCGGGAUUGUUGACUGUAGGCGAGAUCGACGUUCAUGGGGCGUCGGAAUUUACUGCGGGCGCUGACGAGCCCUUACCCAUGCGCGAAGGGAAGCGAUUGAUUUCACUCGUUGAUAUCAACCUUGGCCUUGUGUCUGAUUCUGCCGUGUUUUCAAAUUAUGCGAGAUUUACCGUGCCUGCCUCCCCCACGACUACGAUGCAGUCCAAGGAGAGUCAAUCUUCGAGCCGAGCAUUUUCACCUCCACCGUUGGAGUCGUCCGUUUCUGAAUCAGACCCCGGGCUAGCUAUGACUAGAUCAACGAUCUUCGAGCCAUCGCUUGGACUUGGCUUCGGAAGUGCGAUGGAUCCUGGUCUGGAUGCGGGUCUGGAUGCGUCGACAAUUUCUCACGAGACAUUUUCCCAUGAUGGCCGAUUCUCAGACGCAGACUCGGACACGGAGCAUCGACACGCCAGAUAUCCUGAAGAUUCCCAAAUUCUUGGGGAGGACGACCCGUUCCACGAUAACCCUGGGUAUCUGGAUUCGGUCAUUGAUACCCAAUUUGAUGAUUCUGAUGACGAGCCGCCCGCGGAAUUCCAAUUUCAAAGACCGCAAGUGGGAGAAAGCGGCGACAGUUCUUACCACCUUGGUCUCGCGUUCCGUUCUAAUCCCCGACUUGUAGAGUCCAUCGAGUUAGGACAUUCUGAAAGAGUCUCACAAGUUGACAGUUUCCGGGGCCUGCAGGCCUACGGCUCACACGAGGAAGGCCAGUUUGGAUUUGGAUCCGAAAUUGCGCCGCAGUCCUCGGAGCCUCAUCAUGAACAUUAUCAUGAAGAAGAGUACCUUGCCACCUCUCGCCAAACCUUCCCAAAUUCCCCCCAUCAAGAAUCCUAUCGAGAAUCUGCUCCGCCGUCCGAGUUUGGCAGCGCAUCAUCCGAAGGAGGUACCGCGGUUGCCAAUCUGACAGAGUCCAAGUACUUCUCUCAUGAUGAGGCACAAAGCUUGUAUAUGAGCGCUAUGAGCCAGGGCACUGGUGAGAGCUUCAUUCCAAACAUGCCAGGUGCAUGGGACUCAUUUCACCCCGGUGAAAAAGCAGGAAGCAUUACCGAAGUUCGGGAGAUGGGAACGGAACCUAUUCAUGAUGCACAUAUAAGCAACGAAGAGCAAGAGGAACUUGCAGUAUCUACUCCAAAGUUAAAUGCUCCGUCGGACUCAUACUUUGGCGAGCAACGAGAAGAUAGUCGGUCUCAGUCUCAGCCUGCACCCACCAACAGAGCUUCUACGCCCUCUUCCCCUGCUUUGCACAAGUCGAGUGAGAUAAGGAAACCUAUUCUCAACAUUGAUAAGAUUCUCGUCUGGGUACCGUCAGCUUUGAGCGACGCAGAAUCAGAUGUUGCUGUGCCGAAGGUCCCUGUCGAGCGGACAGAUAGUGAUACGAAGGACCUCUUUUCCGGCACACGCGAAUCCGCAGUGGAGGAAAGCAUGUUUGCCUCGAAGGUCAAUGCGGCUACCCGGUUAUCGAAAACCGCAACCGAGUCCCGAGUUCUGCCCGGCAAUGAUCAUACAGACCACCAACAUGGCCACGUCGCGAACCAAGGGUUGGCGGUAGAGAUUUUCGCAGUGUCUGUUCACUUUGACAUAGCCACUGGUUGGCUUCUGGUCAAGGCAGGCCAACGAUUGUCUCAAAUGGCCAAUGGUCCCGAGAAAGAGAAAGUUCCAUCUCGAAGUCAGAACCCGCCAGACCAACCCACUCAGCAAACGACUGUUAGGCUCGAUGUACACAAGAUCUCUGUCAAGUUCAUAGAGCAUGUGGUUGGUCAUUCCUACCCUCUGGAGAGUGUGGAUACGCCGGCACCCCCACCCUUUACAUCUAUGGAAGAAAUUGUUCUCCAAACUACUGCGUCUGGUCUGGCAGUCAAUCUCUCCUCGAAUGAAAAGCGCACGAAUCUUCAUCUCGACGUCUCGAAAUUCGCCUUUGGAAUUGCUUCUGACGAUCUCAUCUCAUUUAAUGAGUCCUUGAAAAUGCGCGAAUCUACUCGGGACAUUACGACGCCUUCUCAGGGUGAUAUCUCUCUUUCUUUGACCAAAUCGGCAGAAUCAGCCAAGGUUGAUGUCUCUACUCUCCCUCUUCAUAUCAAUCUCAAUAUUCAGCACCUGGAGGAGGUUCUCGGAUGGAUGGGUGGCUUGAGCACUAUUCUAGAGCUUGGAAGUUCCAUGUCCUCUACAUCAACAAUGAAAGGGGCCCAGAAACCACCGAAGAGGCGCCCGCGUGGUGUGCAUUUCGAAACGCCAGCCCCGUCCGCCCACAAAGACCACAAAGAUUCACAAGCCUCUGUUCCCUGGAAGGUGAAUGCUCGAUUGGGGGGUGUUGUGCUUGAUGUAACUGGCGAAACGCAUUACCUAAACCUCAGCACGACCGCGGUCAAAAUUGUCAGUCGAUUCGAGGGCAUUGCAGUCCAGAUUGACAAGGCAAGACUGAGUGGGCCGCAUCCACUUGAUGAUCUGUCUGAUGCACCCGCAAAGGUCACAUUGACCAACAUCAGAGUCGAGUUCUUGUUCGCGCCCAAGGAAGUAGACCUUGAUCGUCUUUUGACCUUGAUUACACCGUCCAAGGACAAAUAUGACGACGAUGACGAUAUCAUGCUUGAUACUUUGCUUCGGCAACGAAGGCAAGGAUCCGUUCUUCGCGUAACGGUGGCAGGAAUGAAGACCGUUAUUUCCAGCACUGGUGGCCUGGCACCCCUCGCCUCCCUUGGAUCUGAGCUAGGUCGCCUGUCCAAUGUGACGAAGUAUCUCCCAGAAGAUGAUCGUCCUGGCAUUCUUACCUUGACACUUAUCCGAGAGUUUGAAACUCAGGUGCAUGUCGGCGGGGAUGUUGGCGAUAUCAAUGCACACCUCACCAAUGCGGAAGUCGCAUGGAUCAGCAUGCCCUCACUUACUGCCACGCAGAUCGGGACAGUUAGUAUCAUGAGGAACCACAAGGAAGAGCUAGCUGGCGAAGCCCUGCUGUCAAGCAAGGAGAAAGCUCCGAUGACACCGCGCCCGCCCGUUCUCAUGGCACGUUUUAUUCCCGAUGAGAUGGAUCCCACCUUCAAGAUCAAACUACACCAUCUGCGCGUCGAGUAUACAAUUCCCUCCGUCAUGGCAUUCUUGGGGCUGGGUCAAGAUACAACGGGUGGAGAGUUGGCUGGUGAGAUGGCGAGUUCCAUCGCCAAUCUCGCGGAACACUCCGAUCGAAUUCCCUUCUCCCCCUCAAGAUCCGAGGCCUCGGGUGCUUCCAGCAAACCGACAAAACUAGCUGUCGUGUUCCAGGACUGCGUGCUUGGCCUGAACCCGCGCAAUUCUCCUGCCAAGGGACUCGUGGUACUUACAAACUCCAAAUUCAGCGGCACUUUACAUGGCGAUGAAUCAUCGGAAGCAACCCUUGACAUCAGAAAGGCGUCCAUCAUGAUCAUCGACAAUGAGGCGAAUGCAGGAAGUGCUGACAACCUCCGCCAGCGCACUUCGGCCGUCACUCAGAGCGACCAGGUCCAUGAAUACAUUGAGAAAGGAUACGUACCCGUCUCAUCCAUUUCUACUGCCACAGUGGUGGUCAAGAUGAUGCGGCUCGCCGAGGAUGGGGCCAAGUCAUUAGAUGUCGAGCUGAAGAAUCGUCUUUUAAUUUUGGAGACUUGUGCCGACUCAACGCAGACGCUGAUCAGUAUUCUAAACGGCCUGCAACCUCCUACGCCACCGAGUGUCACUGUCAAGUACCGUACUGAGGUUACCCCGAUCCAGGACAUGCUGGCCUCUUUCUCUGGAAAUGCCUUUAACGCCGAUCCUUCUUUCCCCUUGGGUGAGAAGGUUGAUCCGGCACUUGAUCUUGGAGGCAUCCCAGAAGAGGAAGAACUCGCCAAUGACGAACUUGAAUAUGUCAGCGACUUCUACCCCAAGCAGCAGGAUGCCUCUAUUGGGGACGUGAAAAUCGAGCCGACGGGAAUGGGGAGCUCCAAUGAACUCAUCGAUAGCUUCCAUUCCCAGUACCAUGUCUCCUCAAGUCUGACUGAACUUGACUUCCAGGAGGACCACUUCGCGAAACAAUCUGCCGUCGGGGGCACUGCGCAUCGCUGGGACUCUACAGAGAACACCUACGGCUUGUCAAACGAUACAAAGCUCCAGAAGAGUCCUCUUCGCGUCAGAGUACGAGAUGUGCAUGUGAUUUGGAAUCUGUUUGAUGGCUACGACUGGCAGCGAACGAGAGACACCAUCUCCAAAGCAGUCGAAGACGUUGAAAUCAAGGCUACCGAGCGACGGGCCCGAACUUCUCGCAUGUCCCCCGCAGCCGAAGAUGAAGAAGAAUCCGUUAUUGGCGACUUCCUCUUCAAUUCAAUCUACAUCGGUAUCCCCGCGAACAAAGACCCCCGUGAUCUCCAUCGGGAGAUCAAUCGCGACAUCAACGACCUUACCAGCGAGACUGGUAGCUAUGCCACAUCCACUACCGUCACUGGUGCAACUGCACGACAGGGCCGACCAACCACGGGACGAGACAAGAAGAAACUUCGCUUGCAUCGUAGCAAACAUCACAAGAUGACGUUCGAACUGUCCGGUAUUUGUGCGGACCUGGUCGUCUUCCCGCCAGGCUCGGAGGAGACGCAGAGCUCUCUGGACGUAAGAGUGAAGGAUCUAGAGAUCUAUGACCACGUGCCUACUUCGACUUGGAAGAAGUUUGCGACUUAUCUGCAUGAGGCCGGGGAGCGAGAGAGCGGGACGAGCAUGGUCCAUUUGGAGAUUUUGACUGUGAAGCCUAUUCCGGAACUUGCGGCGUCCGAGAUUGUUCUCAAGGCUACUGUUCUACCGCUUCGACUGCACGUCGAUCAAGACGCCCUCGACUUCAUGAGUCGCUUCUUCGAGUUCCGGGAUGAAUCCAUGGAAGCCGAGGGUACACCUGAAGAUGCUCCAUUCCUACAGCGUGUCGAAGUCAAUGCUAUCCAAGUCAAGUUGGACUUCAAACCCAAGCGAGUGGACUACGCGGGACUUCGGUCCGGUCGCACGACCGAGUUCAUGAACUUCUUCGUUCUGGAUGGCUCUGACAUGGUUCUACGACAUGUCAUCAUCUAUGGAGUGUCUGGAUUCGACCGACUCGGGAACACCCUUAACGACAUCUGGAUGCCGGACGUCAAGGCCAACCAGCUUCCCGGAGUUCUGGCUGGUCUCGCGCCUAUCCGAUCUUUGGUCAACGUGGGUGGUGGUGUGCGACAACUCUUUGACGUGCCGAUGCGCGAAUACAAGAAAGAUGGCCGGAUCGUACGAAGCAUCCAAAAGGGCGCGGCUGCAUUUGCCAAGACGACAUCCAACGAACUUGUCAAGCUGGGAGCCAAAUUGGCCAUCGGCACACAAACCGUCUUGCAAGGCGCAGAGGACCUACUGACCUCUCCAAAUGGCCCAUCCGCUGCUUCCGACGAAGACCGCGGUGACGAGGAGGAAGCCAAGAAGAUUUCUCUGUAUGCCGAUCAACCGAUUGGAGUUGUCCAGGGGUUGCGGGGCGGCUUUAGCGGUCUCGAACGUGAUCUGCUUCUGGCCCGCGAUGCGAUCGUCGCAGUCCCUGGCGAGGUUGUGGAGAGUGGCAGCGCCAAGGAUGCAGCCAAAGCAGUCUUGAGGCGCGCCCCGACGGUCAUUCUUCGACCUGCCAUUGGCGUUUCCAAAGCUGUUGGACAGACACUCCUUGGUGCUGGCAAUUCCCUGGAUCCGAGUAACCGGCGCAAGAUGGAAGAUAAAUAUAAACGUCACUAG